GCCGCUCUUUUGACCGGAGAGCUCUAGAAUCUCUCAACAAUGGCGGAAUCGAUUUUCAGAAAGCUAAGAGAUGGUGGCGAAGAAGGCGAACUCGCACCAGCUCUCACCAUAGAAGAAACUGUAGCUUCCCCUUUUGGACUCGAUGUCUCCGGCUAUCUUCUCACAAAUCUAUCUUCAUCAAUUUUAGCUGGAAAAUCCAAGUCGCAAGGUCUCGUGUUGAUCACAUUCUCGCGGAGCCCUUCGUUUUAUUUGCAAUUGUUGAAGCAAAAAGGAAUCGUUGUCUCUUCAUCUUCUAAAUGGAUUCGUAUUUUGGAUUGUUACACUGAUCCAUUGGGAUGGAUUGAUCAACCUUCAACUAGUGUUAGUGAAGGUUCAAGUUUGAUUAAGUUACACAAGUGUGUGAGCGACUUGAGAAAGCUUUUUUCUACAGUCAUUGAAGCAGGAAGAGAGUUGGUUGGAGACGGGAAGACAUGUUUCUGUGUUGCCAUUGAUUCGGUGAAUGAGCUGCUAAGACAUUCAUCGAUGCCAUUAGUUUCUGGUCUUUUAACAGAUCUUCGAAGCCACGCGCAAAUUUCCAGUGUCUUUUGGUCAUUGAACACUGACCUUCACCAAGAAAAGGUCACAAAUGCGCUUGAAUAUAUAUCCACAAUGAAAGCCAACUUAGAACCUUUGUGUCCAUGUUCAGAUGGGCAAAGGAAUGCUUUAGAAAACCUCUUUUUGGUUCAUCAGGAUUUCGGUAAAGGACGGUUUCAUGUCCGGUUUAAGCUUAGAAAGGGACGUGUUAGAGUAAUGUCUGAAGAAUAUCAUAUUGAUCAAUCGGGAAUAGUCUUUUCACCCAUUUUGUCAACGGAUACUGUUAUUGCAACUACUAAAAGCCUUUUGCCUAAGGCAAGUUAUCUAGUUCUGCUUUUUUAUUUCCUGGUUCAAUUCAAUCUAACGUUGUCUGAGAAAGAACGCGUCGAGAAAGAAAAAGUUGUGCUUCCUUUUGAGCACCAAGAUGAUGGAAAAUCGAACGAGAUCUAUGAUGGCCGGAGAUCUCUUGUGGAUGGCACGAUUGAGACAACACCAUUGUCUUCAAUGGAGUUGCACACCGAUGUAGUUUCAUCGGGUAAGGGUGGUGAGAUUAUAUAUUUCAGAGAUUCAGACGAUGAGCAUCCUGAUUCUGAUGAAGAUCCUGAUGAUGAUUUGGACAUUUAAGGUUCUUAAUUUACACUUGUAAGACCAGAGAAUAGCUCCAGUUUGUGUUUUGGCAAUUGUUGGGAUCUUAGUUAGAUUUAUCCAACUUUGUACGCUAAAUAGAAGAUUUGUUGGUUA